AUGGCUCACCCACGGCCGGACCACUUCUACCCACUGCACGUAGCCAUGGGUGCGGCAGGUGAAGAAUCUAAGGCCAAAUUAGUGCACACCAGUUGGACUGAUGGAACCCUGGGUGUGAUGGACACGGUCUAUAUCUCACAUGGGUCACCAAUGAUGGCCAUAGAUGAAAGCAUACCAGCGAGGCAAUUCUUGAAGUCAUGGAAACAAAUUUUUAAAGAAAGACCUAAAGCCAUUCUUGUUAUAUCUGGACAUUGGGACACCAAAGAACCAACUGUUAAUGUUGUUAAUCGCAAUGACACCAUUUAUGACUUCUAUGGCUUCCCCAAAUCCAUCUACCAGCUCAAAUAUACACCACCAGGUGCUCCACAAUUGGCAAAGAGGGUGAAGGAAUUGCUCAUGGAAAAUGGAUUCAAGCAUGUUCAUGAAGAUAGAAAACGAGGAGUUGACCAUGGCGCAUGGGUUCCUCUGAUGCUCAUGUAUCCUGAGGCUGACAUUCCAGGCGCUGGCCCCCUCAAGGAGGAAGGUAUCCUCGUCAUGGGAUCUGGAGCUGCUACUCACAAUAUGGGGACCAUGCUACCCGAUGGCAGUCCUGUUCCUUCAUGGGCUUCGCAGUUUGAUACCUGGCUUAAAAAUGCUCUUCUUCAAGGAAGAUAUGAAGAUGUGAAUCACUAUGACUCGAGGGCACCCUAUGGAAAAAAGGCUCACCCCUCGCCAGACCACUUUUACCCGUUGCACGUAGCCAUGGGAGCUGCAGGUGAAAACUCCGAGGCAAAACAGGAGGAGCAUGUCCUGCAAGAAGAGAACCUAUUUUGGUUGUUGAUGCGUUUUUUUCGUUCAUUGAAUCCAAAAGACAAAUUUCUUUCUGUUUGCAAGAGGGGUGUGAUGGACACGGUCUACAUCUCACAUGGGUCACCAAUGAUGGCCAUCGAUGAAAGCAUACCGGCGAGGCAAUUCUUGAAGUCAUGGCAACACAUUUUCAAAGAAAGACCUAAAGCCAUUCUUGUUAUAUCUGGACAUUGGGACACCAAAGAACCAACUGUUAAUGUUGUUAAUCGCAAUGACACCAUUUAUGACUUCUAUGGCUUCCCCAAAUCCAUGUACAAGCUCAAAUAUACACCACCAGGUGCUCCACAAUUGGCAAAGAGGGUGAAGGAAUUGCUCAUGGAAAAUGGCUUCAAGCAUGUCCAUGAAGAUAAAAAGCGAGGAGUUGACCAUGGCACAUGGGUUCCUCUGAUGUUCAUGUAUCCUGAGGCUGACAUUCCAGGCGCUGGCCCCCUCAAGGAGGAAGGUAUCCUCGUCAUGGGAUCUGGAGCUACUACUCACAAUUUGGGGGCCAUGCUACCCGAUGGCAGUCCUGUUCCUUCAUGGGCUUCGCAGUUUGAUACCUGGCUUAAAAAUGCUCUUCUUCAAGGAAGAUAUGAAGAUGUGAAUCACUAUGACUCGAGGGCACCCUAUGGAAAAAAGGCUCAUCCUUGGCCAGACCACUUUUACCCGUUGCACGUAGCCAUGGGAGCUGCAGGUGAAAACGCCAAGGCAAAACUGGGUUUGAUGGACACGAUCUAUAUCUCUCAUGGGUCACCAAUGAUGGCGAUCGACGAAAGCGUACCAGCCAGGCAUUUCUUGAAAUCAUGGCAGCAAACUGUUUUCAAAGACAGGGCUAAAGCCAUUCUUGUUAUUUCUGGUCAUUGGGAUACAAAAGAACCAACUGUUAAUGCUGUUGAUCGCAAUGACACCAUUUAUGACUUCUAUGGCUUCCCCAAAGCCAUGUAUCAGCUCAAAUAUACACCACCAGGUGCUCCACAGUUGGCAAAGAGGGUGAAGGAAUUGCUCAUGGAAAAUGGAUUCAAGCAUGUUCAUGAAGAUAAAAAACGAGGAGUUGACCAUGGCACAUGGGUUCCUCUGAUGUUCAUGUAUCCUGAGGCUGACAUUCCAGUGUGCCAGCUCUCUGUUCAGUCAGAUAGAGAUGGAACUUACCAUUAUAACAUGGGGAAGGCGCUGGCCCCCUCAAGGAGGAAGGUAUCCUCAUCAUGGGAUCUGGAGCUACUACUCACAAUUUGGGGACCAUGCGACCCGAUGGCAGUCCUGUUCCUUCAUGGGCUUCCCAGUUUGAUACCUGGCUUAAAAAUGCUCUCCUUGAAGGAAGAUGUGAAUCACUAUGACUCGAGGGUACCCUAUGGCAAAAAGGCUCAUCCAUGGCCAGACCACUUUUAUCCGUUGCACGUAGCCAUGGUAGCUGCAGGUGAAAACGCCAAGGCGAAACUAUUGCACCAUAGCUGGGGCAAUGGGACUCUUUCUUAUGCUUCUUACCAUCGUAUAGUUGAUGAAGCCGAAGCCUCUCGAGAGACGACCAAUGUAAAUGAAAAAUAUAUCGUUUGCCAUCAUAUUGGUACAGAUGAAGGCAAAAAGCAGCUAGCUCAUGUUUCCACUCAAUUGCACUGGUUGGAAGGAGCACAAAAAAAGGGAAAAAGGAUGAAUGACUCUAGCCCACAAAAGGACAUGCCAAUCUCAAGAAAUGGCAGUUAUACAGGAGGAAAUGGCCACAGCCACACUGUCGCUUCAGCAGCAGCGGCGGCGGCGGCGGCGGCAGCUCAAGCUCCCACCAAUGGGCAUAAUUCCCCUUCGAGUCUGCAGGAAGACCAAAGGCCGUACAAGAAAGUGGUGAGGUACAAGGAAUGCCUCAAAAACCAUGCAGCGUCUAUUGGUGGGAAUGCAACAGAUGGGUGCGGUGAGUUCAUACCAGGUGGAGAAGAAGGCAGCCUUGAGGCCCUCAAGUGCUCAGCCUGCAACUGCCACAGAAACUUUCACAGGAAAGAAAUGGAUGGUGAAUGUUCAUAUGACUGCCACCAUCACUAUCCUAUGAUUAGCAAUCUUGGGAGUGGUAGACUCGUUUUGGGCCAUCAUAAUGGCAUUAUUGGAUCACCAGUACCACGAGGGUACCCUACAAGUUCCUUCAUUUCCUCAGGAGCGCCACCGCCAAUGAUAGUCUCCUACAAAAACGGUGGUGCAAAUGCAAUCACUUCGGAAUCUGAUGAGAAGGAAGAAGAUAAUGGAGGUGGGAUGCUGACCACUCGGCCAGUUGAAAAGCUGAAAAAGAGGUUUAGGACCAAGUUCACUGAAGAACAGAAGCAAAAGAUGGUGAACUUUGCAGAGAAAGCUGGGUGGAAAAUGCAAAAGCUAGAAGAAUCUCUUGUGCAAGGGUUUUGUGAAGAGUUGGGGAUCAAAAGAAGAGUUCUCAAAUGUGUUGCUGCAGAUCCUGGUUUUGUAACCUUACAGAAACGACAAGUAGCAUUGUACUGUGAGUAG